GAGUUGAAUAUGUAAAUGCUAAAUAUUGUUGUUACUGAAAACUGUGUUCAUGCAUAUGCUGAAUGUAUGUUGAAACACCGGAACUUGACAGAAGAUGUUAUUACUCUAACAUGCACUAUGUUCAGCCAGUUGAAAACCCAAUCCAUAAUGUUAUGUUUGACUUUGCUUUGUAUAUCAGCUUUGUGCAGUUGCAGUUUUAUUGGUAAACCUAAUAGUUCUUCGACUAGGAGAUUUCCGCCAUCGAAGCAUUUUAUCCAUUCCACCGGAGCUUGUUAUUCUGCAGAGCGAGAUUACUAUGAAAUUCUAGGUGUAUCUAGAGAUGCUAGUCGAGAUGAGAUUAAGAAGGCUUUUCAUGCGCUUGCAAAAAGGUACCAUCCAGAUGCCAAUAAGAAUAAUCCUUCUGCCAAGAGGAAAUUUCAAGAGAUAAGAGAUGCAUAUGAGAUUUUGCAAGAUCCACAGAAGAAAGCACAAUAUGACAUGAUGAAGGAGCAACCUAGCAGCACAGAAGAUAUGAAUUAUAAUUAUGGGAAUGUCAAUGAUUUUAGAUAUUCUUAUAGCACACAGUUCUCUGAUUCGUUUCAGAAAAUUUUUUCUGAGAUAUUCGAAAAUGAGGCUGAAAAUUUGACACAAGACAUUCAGGUGGAGCUUUCUCUCUCUUUUCCUGAAGCUGCUAAAGGAUGCACAAAACAUCUGUCAUUUGACGCAGAUGUUCCAUGUGAUUCUUGCCAUGGUAGGGGCUAUCCAUUGCAUUCCAAGCCUAAAGUAUGUCCAACUUGUCAAGGAAUUGGGAGAGUUACAAUCCCUCCUUUUACAGCAACUUGCAGUACCUGUAAAGGAUCUGGACGAGUUAUUAAGGAACGUUGUAGGGCAUGCAAAGGAUCAGGAGUCGUUGAGGCCACUAAAGACGUUAAAGUAACUAUACCCGGCGGUGUUGACUCUGGUGAUACUAUUCGUGUGCCGAAAGCUGGUCAUGCUGGCAAGCGAGGGAUGCAACCAGGCAGCCUAUUUAUAAAGCUAAAGGUUGCUAAAGAUCCUGUUUUUGCUAGAGAUGGAGCAGACCUUUAUGUGGAUUAUCAUAUCAGCUUUACAAAAGCUAUUCUUGGUGGUAAAGUUGAGGUACCAACUCUAUCGGGAAAGACACAGAUACAGGGCAGCUCGAUGCACGAAGCAUCCCGCAUUGACGCAGGGUCCCGGGGAUGAGCCGCACAGCCUACCCUAACGCAUGCGACGGUGGCUGAUUCCACGGUCAAACCUGUGACCUAUAGGUCACACGGAGACAACUUCACCAUUGCUCCAAGGCUCCCCAUCCAAUUGUAAUUAAAAAAAAUUCAAGUGCACUGUCUUUGUGAACUAUCUGUAGUGUAAGAUACGAAGUAAAAAUGGAUUUUAUGAGAUUGACAGACAGUACUGCAUUUUAAGUUGCUCUGACUUGGGAAAUGUGCCUACUAUUUCCUUCACUUUCUGACUCCUCUUCCGGUGGAAUUUCACUCCUUUUCUGGUGAAAUUUUUUCCUUGGAAUAACAUGGGGGAAAAGCUCUUUUUUAUUUCAGAUGACAAAUCCUACGAGCUUAUCGACAUCAGUGAAGAUAAUGAAAGGUGGUUUUUAUGGAUUGAAAGGGGCAGCAGAUUUACAAGUAGAAUAAAGAUCUAUGAGGACAACAUCAGAUGGGUAUGUGAGCAGAUGUACCAAGCUUCACGGGGUUUUGUGAAUCUUUACAGAAGGUGGGGGAGAAAGAUACAAGCUUAUUUAUACAGGGUGUAUCAAAACUAUAAUGUUUACUGCAGAUACAUCAGAAUUGAAACUUGGAUUGGAGACAGAAAAUCAGCAAUAAUAAUACUGGAAAAUGAUUACAACAGGGGGUGGGCAGAUAUAGCUGGGAGAAUAUUACAAUUUUUGGGGAAUGCCUCUAACUAUAAGUUAAAAAAGUUUGCAGAUGUGCAAAAGAGGUCCUUUCUAGCUGCUGCAAAUAUUCCUCAAUGGCCUAUGCAAGCUACCGAGCAAGGUGUUGCUGCUGAUGAUGAGAGCUCCCAAUUUCUCUUCAAGUGUCUGAUUGGAUGCUUCAAUGAUCCUUUUAACCAAAGCCCCAAAUGAAGUCAUCCAAAAAUGGUUUAUCACAAGGUGGAAAGUAACUGCCGGCCUCAGGGUCACUCCGAUGGCUCACAACCAGUUCCUUUUCGAGCUGCCAUCGAGACAGGAAGCAGCCAGGGUAAAAGCAGGGGAUUGGUUCUGGAAUGGUAGACACUUAUCUCUUGAGUGGUGGUCUCCGGAAUUUGGGUCAUCUCCGGCCAACGGUGACGUGGGGCAAAAGUGGAUAAAAGCCUUUGGAAUUCCUCUGCAUGGCUGGAUAUCAACUACAUUCCGCUACAUAGGAGAUAAGUAUGGUGGAUUCAUAGGCACCGAUGAGGAUACAAAAAACAGGACGCACAUGUUCUGAGCCAGAAUCUGUGUAAAAGACAAAGAGAUGAGCUGCCCAGGAGUCGUCGAUUUAAAAAUAGGCAAUAUGAGCUACAAAAUUUCAGUUUUGGAGGAUGUAAUCACAAAAAUUGCCAGUCCCGGCGAGGCUUCAGUUGUCGUCGGAGUAGAGAGGGUGGCAGCUUCUGAUAACCCUUCCUCGAGCCAAGUGAAGGACCUAUUGAACAACCUAGCAGUCUUUAACUGCAUUAGACCUAGCAGCUUUAAUUCAAAAGUGGAUGAGGUGGCAACCACAUUCUCAGGGAAUACCAUCAAGAUGCCAGAUAUUAGGCAUUCUAAAGCAACAUGCCCCGAGAUGCCAGCUGUUAGGCAUUCUAAAGCAAAUGGCCUCAAGAUGCCAACUGUUAGGCAUUCUAAAGUAAAUGGUGGGGUCAAAGACGGCUAAAAAUUUGGGCCAUUUAGUGGAUCGUGAAUGUUAUGAAAAGGGCCCAAAAGGUAAGCAAGUACCAAGGGGUAAAUUAACAAAACAGAUCUGGAGAGCAGCUGGGCCUAAAUUUGACUCAUGUGUUUUGAAGCCUAAUCCCUACAUCUCUGUAAACUAUUUUGAUCCAUUAAUGGAGGAAUUAGAAGCUUCUUUCUCAGAAGGGCCUAGUGCCAAACCUUCUUCACUGACUCGAUGCGAUUACCCCUCAGAGGCAGACGACGAAGGAGAAAAGAUAUUGCACAAAAUCUGCAGGAGAGCACCACAAUCAACUGAAGCUUUAAGUAGUUCGGAUGUCGAGGUCUCUUCUUGUGAUACUCUUGCUCUCCCAUGGUAUGAACAUGGCUCUUCAAGCAUGCAAGUAAUUGAUACCCCGAAUAUUUACGAACAUACAAGAUGGACAAAAGUUGUGAUGUUAAAGGCUUGCAAGGCUUUUGGGGUUAACGUAGAAGGGUUUGAACAUGAGAUUAUAGAUAUCAUCCUCCGAAUGGAUCAGAAACGGCAAAUGCAGCUGCAGAAGCAAAAGUCACCUGGCAGGGACAAAAAAAAAGGGUAAGAAGAAGCAAGAAAAAGAGCUAGAAAGGCUGACAUGGGGCCUAAAUUACGAGGGCAAGAGGAAAGGGGAUAGGGACAGGUUUUACAAAGCUUUUUCUGAAUGAAAGUAAAAAUAUUAAGCUGGAACGUGCGGGGAUUGAACGAUGCUGAUAAAAGGACUACAACUACAUCACUGAUUCAGAAGUGGAAGCCAGAUAUUGUUUGUUUGCAAGAAACAAAAAUUGAAGAAUUUCCAGUAACCUGGAUUAGACAAAUAUGGGGUAAUCGUUGGGUAGAGUGGGCAGAGUUGAAAUCUAUAGGGAACAACAGUGGAGGAAUUAUCAUCUUAUGGGACAAAAGACAGUGGGUAAACAUGGGUACUCAUCAAGGUUACUACACUCUAUCAUGCAUGUUAGAAAGUACGCAUGAAGAAUUCAGCUGGUGUUUUACAGGGGUGUAUGGGCCACACACAAAUCCUGAAAGAGAGGAACUAUGGCUAGAACUUGCAGCAAUCGGGUCUAUCUGGAAUGAGCAAUGGGUAAUUGAGAGUGAUUUCAAUGUUUGUAGGUAUGAAAGUGAAAGAUACAACUGUGUUAGAAGGUCCAGGGCCAUGGUAUCUUUCUCAGAAAUCAUUCAAGACCUACCUGGGUAUUAUAGACUUGCCUCUACAGGGAGCUUAUUAUACCUGGUUCAGAGGUGAAGACUCAUUGCAAGCAUCGAUAAUAGACAGGUUCUUAAUUUCUCCUGAAUGGUGUGAUAGUUUCAAAGCUAUCAAGCAGCUAGCCCUUCCAAGAGUGAUCUCUGAUCACAAGCCCAUGCUUCUUGAGAGUGGUGACUGGGAAGCCACCCCUUCUUACUUCAAAUUCGAAAAUAUGUGGCUGCAGAUAAAGGGUUUCAUUGAUAAGGUUAAAAACUGGUGGCAGAGCUAUUUGAUAGGAGGCAGUCCAGAUUUUAUACUUGUGCAGAAACUGAGAAGGCUCAAGGCAGACAUCACUAAUUGGAACAGAGAGGAGUCUGGCAGACUGGAAACACACAAGAAUAAAUUACUGGAGGAAUUAGCAAUGCUGGAGCAAGUAACAGAGAACACGGCCCAGACACGAGUUGAAAAGGAGAAACUAAUGCAGCUAAGAGUGGAGUUACAACAAAUCGCAAAGGUUGAGGAGGUCUCAUGAAGACAAAAAUCAAGAUGCCUAUGGCUAAAAAAAGGUGACAGGAACACUAAAUUCUUUCAGAAAAUGGCUAACUCCCACAGAAGGAACAAUUGCAUUGACAAAUUGAAGAUAAGGGAGGAAAUCACUGAGGACAAAGAAUCCAUCAAAACUGAAAUCCUAAACUUUUAUCAGGGGCUCUAUUCAAAAAAAGAACAAUGGAGACCUAGUGUCAACUUUGGAAACCUAGCUAGAAUCUCGAUGGAGGAAGAGGUGUGGCUGGAAAGAGCCUUUGAAGAGGAAGAGGUGAAGGCAGCCAUCAAUUCUUGUGCACCAGAUAAAGCCCCAGGGCCUGAUGGCUACACAAUGGCAUUUUACCAAAAAACAUGGGACUUUAUCAAGCCCGACAUCAUGGCAGCAGUCAAUCAUUUCCACUAUAACUGUUAUAUGGUCAAAUCCAGCAAUGCCUCAUUUAUUGCACUUGUUCCCAAGAAAAAAGGUGCAAUAGAGCUCAAGGACUUUAGACCAAUAAGCCUUAUUGGAAGUGUGUAUAAGAUAUUGGCUAAACUUUUAGCAGAAAGGAUAAAGACAGUGAUGGGGAAGCUUAUCUCAGGGGAACAGAAUGCAUUCCUAAAAGAUAGACAGAUUACUGAUGCAUCACUCAUUGCAAAUGAACUACUGGAUGAGAGACUAAAAAGUGGAGUCGCUGGAAUUUUAUGCAAACUAGACAUAGAGAAGGCAUUUGAUCAAGUUAGUUGGUCUUAUCUACUGUCAACACUAAGGGGAAUGGGGUUUUGUGAAAGAUGGUUAAGGUGGAUCAAGUUCAGCCUAACCACUGUCAAGUAUUCAAUCCUUAUUAAUAGAUCUCCAAUUGGCUUUUUCUCCCCUCAGAAAGGGAUUAGGCAGGGAGACCCUCUCUCACCUUUUCUCUUCAUCAUAGCAAUGGAAGGCUUGAGCAAAAUGCUUGAUAAAGCAAGACAAUUAGAAUGGAUUGAAGGGUUCAAGAUAAACAACAAUUCAGGGAAUUCAAUCUAAGUCUCACAUCUACUAUAUGCAGAUGACACACUAAUCUUCUGUGGGGCUGAAAAACUGCAACUGCAAUACCUUAAUCUAACCCUACUUAUUUUUGAAUCUAUUUCAGGUUUGCACAUAAACGUGCUGAAAAGCAUGAUAUACCCUGUCAAUGUGGUACCUAACUUGGAGGAACUGGCAGGUAUAAUGAGUUGUGACAUUGGCUCAUUUCCUACUACCUAUCUUGGACUACCCUUGGGAGCCAAACAUAAGUCAGUGGAGGUGUGGAAUGGUGUGAUUGAGAAAGUGGAGAAAAGAUUAGCAACUUGGCAGAUGCAGUAUCUCUCAAUGGGUGGAAGGGUGACUCUGAUUAAUAGUGUCCUGGACAGCAUACCAACUUACAUCAUGUCCCUCUUCCCUAUGCCAAGUAAAGUUCAAAAGCAGGUGGACAAAUUAAGGAGAUCCUUUUUAUGGGAAGGUAACAGUGAAGGUCACAAUCCAUUUGGUAAAAUGGGCAACUGUAACUCAACCAAAGUCACAAGGUGGUCUGGGCAUUAGAGAUUUAUCAAAACACAACAAGAGUUUGCUAAUGAAGUGGCUUUGGAGAUAUAGGCAAGAAGACACUAGCUUAUGGAAGGAAAUAGUGAAAGCCAAAUAUGGUCAACUGGAUAAUUGGAGUACUAGAACCACUAGAGCUCCUCAUGGGGUUGGGCCCUGGAAACACAUUAACAGCCUAAAGGAAGUCUUCCAACAAGAAGUGUCCUUCAAAGUUGGUAAUGGAGCGCAUGUGAAAUUUUGGAAGGACAAGUGGCUAGGGAACUUCACACUACAAGAAACCUAUCCAUCUUUAUUCCAACUAGAUAGUGAUCCUAACUCAACAGUAGCACAAAAUAGAUCCAACAACACUUGGGAGGUCCUUUUCAGGAGAAAUAUGCAUGACUGGGAGAUAGAAGGGGUGUCGGAUCUACUUGGAAGGUUAGCAAACUUUAUAAUGAGUAUCCAACAAGCAGAUAAGCUAAGAUGGGGCACUUCUAAGAAAGGUGCAUACACAGUGAAGGAAGGCUACAACAAACUUGGUGCAUCGAAUGAAGUUAUUGACAUGUGGCCUUGGAAGCUAAUCUGGAAAACCAAACUGCCUACAAAGGUCAGCUGUUUUGCAUGGACGACUCUUAAAGGUGCUAUUUUGACCCAAGACAAUCUUUGUAGGAGGAGCUUCCAGAUUGUGAAUAGAUGCCACAUGUGCCAGUUAAAUUCAGAAUCAAUCAACCAUCUAUUUUUGCAUUGCACAGUGGCUACAGAUCUCUGGCGCAUGUUUUUCUCAAUUUUUGGUAUCAGCCGGACACUACCUCAGAGCAUUAAGGAAGCAGUUGAAAGUUGGAGCUUUUGGAAAGUUAGCAAGGCCAUCAAAAAUAUCUGGAAAAUGGUCCCAGGGUGCAUAUUUUGGUGUCUUUGGACAGAAAGGAAUCGAAGAUGUUUUGAUGGCAUUUCAACUCCUAAUCACUUCUUGAAAGCUAGAUGUCUGGUGUAUCUUUUUAAUUGGAGUAAUAUCUCCCCUGUAAACAAUGCUAUUCCCUUUCUAGACUUUAUUGGCUCAAUGAGCCUGGCCUGAUGGCUUAUUUUUAUUUUUUUGGUUAGCUCCCUAUUAGAAUAGAGCAUGAUGUACUGGAGCUAACAUCUCUUCUUUUGUACUAUUUGCAUCUUCUUGAUGCCAGCAAUACAACACCUUACUUCAUCAAAAAAAAAAGAUACGAAGUAAAGUUUUUCA